AUGAAAGUGAACUUCUCCUGCAUACUAUUGAGGUUUCUCCUUGAUCUAUACAUCUACAUUCUCAAUAAACGGCUUAAUAGAGACUUCACUAUGGGUCAUGCUAUAUGGUGUUGGAAUUCAGCUCGGAAUUCAUGGUUAACUAUGGCAACGAAAGAAUUCAAUGCAGUAUGGAAAACUUAUUCUGAUAUUCAAUGCAAUAUCAUUAAAGAAGCAUUUUACACUGGACAAGAUCAGGUGACCGUCGACGAUUAUAUUAUCGACUUGAGGCAGUUCUUACAAAUUAACAUUGAUGAUGAGUCUAAACAGUGA